AUGCGCCCUUCACUCCGCUUCCUGGCCUCCGCUGCGGCGAGCCCCAAGUCGGGCAGUCUGCGGCCGGCGCCCAUGGCGCUUCUGCCGCCAAUUCCCCUGUACCGGCGGCUGCUGCGGGCGCACCGCAAGCAUCUUCCGCACGAGAUGCGCACGCUGGGCGACGAGUACAUCAAGGCCGAGUUUCGCGCACACCGCAAAGUGGACAACCCGCAGCAUUUGAUUGGCUUCUUGACCGAGUGGCAGCUGUAUGCGCAAAAAAUCGAGGGCGAUUCGUGGGUGGGCGAGAAGCUGGACCCGGUCAAGGUGGCCAAGAUGAAUGGUAAGUUUGCUCUCUCUGGCAAUUCUCUCCUGGCAAUGCUCAGUCUGCUUCGUGAAAUUAACGAGAACAUGGUAGAUCAACAAGUCGGCCAGCUGUACGAGCUGAUGGUGGCAAUACGAAAGCACCGCGCGGACGACGGCGAGGACCCAAGCGGACAGGAGACGGCAUAG